AACAACUUCAAAUUGGCAAUUUCAGCUAUUACGCAAGAUUUGUCUACUGCUACAGUGCUAUUCCCAAAACAAAACAGUUUAUUUUGUAGACAAAGGCACAUUCAAGAUAUUCAACGAUGGUUUAUGCAUUGGUGCAAGGAGCAAGCAGAGGGAUAGGAUUGCAGUUUUGUCGACAUUUGCUGAAUAAACGGCCUGCGACACUUGUGAUUGCAACUUGUCGACAGCCGGACGGUGCAGCGGAGUUGCAAGCACUUCAGAAAGAGCAUCCGAACAGUCUCCAGAUCAUGCAGUUAGAUGUGUCAAACGAGGAGCAGAUUGCAUCAACAGCCCAGCAAGUUAAACAGCGUCUCCAUGGCAACGAGAGUUCUAGCAAAGGACUGGACCUACUUAUCAAUUGUGCAGGGAUGUUACAUCCAUCAGGGAGAGGAGAGACCAGUCUUAGAGCUGUAUCACAUGAGGGUCUGAUGACAACAUUUGCCACCAAUGCAUUGGGUCCUCUGCUGAUGGCCAAGUACUUUGGGGAGCAUCUGACCAAGGGGAGCGGAGAAUUUGGACAGUCGCCAUCGGAAGGUCACUCUGGCACACUGGUCAACAUGUCUGCCAGAGUUGGUUCAAUAUCAGAUAAUGGGUAUGGUGGAUGGUACAGCUACCGCAUGUCAAAGAGCGCCCUCAACAUGGCAACCAAGAACCUGAGCAUCGAGUUCUCCCGGGGGAGACGGAAGGUGGUAUGCAUCAGCCUUCACCCGGGGACGGUGAACACCGACCUCUCACGACCUUACCACAAGAAUGUCGCAGAGGACAAGCUCUUCACACCCGAGUAUUCGGUCGAGAGGAUGAUGGAGGUGAUAGAGAAUCUGAACGUUGAAGAUUCAGGGAAGUUCUUGGACUUUGCGGGCAAGGAGAUCCCCUUCUGACGGAUGACGAAGCAGUGUUUCUUUAAAAAGAAAAAUUUACUCUAUAUAUGCCCAGGAUCGAAACCUGAGACUGCCACAUUGUAUUUACACUAGACAUGGGACAGAAGCUGCCUCUUGCAAUCCAGCGUGUGUUUCGUUUGUAGACCAAAGCAGAAAAAGAGUUCAAGGUAUCCUUGUGUAAUUUUCUGUGGGCAUAGCCUGUUCUGAUUAGUUGAAGUUUUUUCAAAAGUCAGAUAAAGAAACGUACAAUACAUAAUCAUUGAUAGCAAAAGGAGCAUACAGAUUACAUGAAGUAACGUUGUAUGAAGAAACUACUGUUGAAGAGGACAAUUGGCAUUAUAGCUGGGCAAUCAUCGGUGCAUGCUCAAGAUGAGUUCCGUCCAGUUAUAUUAUUUUUGUACAAUACGAUGUUGAGACUAGCAUGGGACCCUGAUUCUUUUAUCGUUUUUUGUUUAUUUGGAAUGUUUCUGAAACGUGUUUCGCCAUACAUCCUUCAGACUACAAAAAAAUUAACUACCUGUUGUCUGAACACAUGGUUAGUUGAACUUGACAGGAUAGAAUUUCCAUUGAAUGGGUGUAUAGUCUCACAUGCAUGUAAAGCGUCAAUUUAGAGCAUAACCUCACUUAAAGGAAGAAAAUCUGGACUUGGCCCUCUACAGAGUAUGGAAAUGAAGGCUUGUGUGAGCCAGUCCCUUGCACAUUUUUGGAGACAAGAUGUGAUGUUAUGACAUCCAGCCAUGCAAUUGAUGACAGAUUAUGUAUUUUUCAUUUAUACGGUGAAGGAAAGGGUGGUUUAUCAUAUGGUAUACAUGUAGAGGUGUUGUGGUCAAGUCUCUGGACAGUGAAGCACAAGGUAUGGGGUUUGAAUUCCUGGCGCAGCACUAAUGUCUUUUUGCAAGAAAUUAAUCUACAUUUGCCACACUCGACCCAGGUGAGGUAGAUAGGUACCUGGCAGGAAUAAGUUCCUUAAAAAUGCUCAAGCUCUGUAAUGGGAACUGUACUAAAGCCAGGGUAAUAAUGAUUAAUGCUUUAGGAGACUUCACUGUCGUCUAUUAUUAUUAAUAUACAUGUACAUUCAGGUAAUGAACAUAGUCAAAAGUAAUAUGUCUACCACCAGAGGAGGAACACUCACAGCCAGUGUUGCCUCCCUCCCCACUGUAGUUCUUGCCCGCAUUGUGACCCUCCCCCCUAUAUUUAAGAAUCCUGGUACUGCCACUGUUCAGGACAUACAUGUACAUGUAAAGUCAAACCUGCUGUAGGGUCUGCUGGUAUAGACUGAUCACCUGUAAAGAAAGACCACCUGUCUCUCAAGUAUAAAUUUGUGUCACCUUUGAACAGUCACUGGAACCUGAUAUAAAUUUCCCUCGUCUAUAAAGACCACCUUUCUUGUUUCUCUUGAGCGGUGAGAAGUCUUUAUAUAGUUUCACUUUACAAGGUAAUGGUAAUACACACAAAAAGUGUCAAGGCAAAAUGUGCAAUAAUUGUGCCAUAUCAGUAUUUGGAGCAGUUAGUAAAUCAUGUCUAUCCGAUGUUAGAUGAAGAAACCACUAUCAUUUUUUGUAUUAUUGGAAUUUUCUCAUGUUUAUUCCAACAGAGAAAGAUCACGAAGAAUCAAUGUGUUUUGUAGAAGUUAAUGUAAAAUUGUGAUUGAGAAAUCUUUCAAGAAUGAUUCAAAGCAGAUACAAAUUUUGUUCAACAAACCAAAAUAAUAAAGUGAUCAAGUAAUUUUUUCAGCCUGGAAGAAAAAAAUUAUUUAUUCUAUGAAUCUUGCAAGGCUUUGUUAGAGUACUAGUGUUAAUAAUCAUGAUAACAAAAUUUGUGUUGGUGAAAACGACUUUCAGAGUAAAUAAAUGUAGGCUAAAUGUAGGCUAUUCGAAUACCUGUACCUUCAGUAAUGUGGACAUGUGUGUGAUUUAACUUCUUCAUGUUAUACUUAGUUUUCUUGAUAAGAAAUGUAUUUUUUGCAUUGUAAAUAUAAUCAUAUCUUCCAGGUAUACAUUAUUAAUUAAAGAUGUUAUUGUAAAAUUAUGUUAUGUUUACCAAUGUUUUGUAUUCAUUAUUACAAUAAGGAUUUCAAUAGAUUUAAUGGUUGACAUUAAAGUGUAAGGAGUGUAAUCAUUUUUUUCUGAAUGUCUUGUCGACACAGGAUUGGAUGCCUUCCUUUUGAAGCAAA